AUUGGGUCCAUUAUUAUAGUAUAUUGGGUCCUUUGAUUUAAGGUUAUUGCGUAUUAUAGUAAAUAAAGUUAUUUUGAUUUUAUUCAUGGAUUUGCCUUUCAAUAGAAAUUCAAUCGUUUAUUAUUUAUCUGGUGUAUUGAAAUGGCUAGCGCAAAUAUAAAAAAUCAGGAUAAUCUAAAGAUAAGAGUGGUAUCAAAUUGGGCUGUUUCGAAUGACAAAACUAUUUAUGAUACAAUAUCUGUAAAAACAUAUGGCGAUUGUGAGCUAGUUGAAGAUGUUUCAGUAGAUUCAACAGUUUGUAUGGAAUCCUGUAUUCAACUUGAGCAAAAUACAAAUGAAACAUGUACUUUGACUCUAAAUUCAAUAUCACCAUCUCAGAAGUUUUAUUCUUUACAUCUUGUAUCUGGUUCAAAAUAUGUAGAAAUUUAUACUGGACCAUUGUAUGAAUAUUAUGAUACAUUCAAAGCAGAAUUAUAUGAUGAAUUUGAAGAUACUCUUAUUUAUGAAGUUAAAGUAAAUUUUAAAGAACCAAUUCUGCAAUGUAUGCUAAAGGUGAUCAACAAAUCAAAUUUUCAUUUCAUUAAUAUUGCAACACCUCAAAGUUUAUGGAUUUAUGGACUCCGACUAACCGCCAAGGUAAAUAAUAAAUCAGAUGGUCUCGAUCAGAAUCUGGAGGCACGCUCGGAUAAAAACGCUCAUAUUAAAAUGCCUGAAUCCAUUAAUAGUUCACAUUGUAUGGAAGGUCAGUUGCUCACAAUGAACACAGCAACACUUUUAUUAAGGUCUAUGAAAGAGUAUAUGGAUAACAAAUUUGCUGAUCUAGAAAUAAGAAUAUUGGAAAAACUUUGUGAUAUUGAGAAAAAUCAAAGUAAAUUGAAUAAAGCAAUAGAAAACUUAGAAAAGAUCAUAAUAUCCAAUAAAAUUGAUGAAGAAGAAUCUGCUACCUAAACUUUGUUUCAUAUUAGAGUGGGGUAGCUCCAGAGUAAGUUCCAGGAUAUAACUUCUCCCGCUGAAUGAAUCCGCGCGGAGUUGUAUCGGAUUAAAAGUUUAGAGCAUUAUUUCCAUAUAAAUAAUAUAAUAA